UUCUCCCUCUGAGCUCCAGCCGCGUACAUCCUGCUUUGCUGACUGUGUGCUUACAGCGUCAAAGGGUGGACGUGAUAUUUCAAACAUCAGAUCAGUGCGUUUAUAUAUUGGGUGCCCGGAAAUUUUUCCAAAUAAACACAGCUUGAUUCGACUUGGGUGGGCAGACUUAUCAACAGACUAAUGCUAUAAACAAAUGAAGGACAAACCCGGCGAACCAUUGGCUGGUACCAGAGAGACACGUGGAUGGAGCUUGGAGUUGUGUAGCAAUGAUAUUUUAAUUAAUGUGGGUGGGCUGAGCACACAAACGACUGUUUAUCGGAGACAAUUUAUUUUCCAGUGCUAAGUCAACAUAUAAGAGCAAACUUACAACAAUUAUUUAACUUUUUUUUUUCUUAAAAAAAAAGAGCGAUGAAGCUGGGACAGAGGGAGAACAAACUCGUCGAGGCAGGGUUGGGGUCUGAGCUCACACAAAUAGGUCCCCGGUGGACUCUUGGAGGGUUUCUUCCUUGUCCUUUCCCGUCUCUGAUCUGUCAGGGGAAAGAUCCGGAGCUAAAACCACAUCCGCGAUGAGCCAUAUUUUCAGCAGCCAUCUACCUCCAAUGAGCAGCCCGCUAAAUGGCUCCUCCAUGGUCUAUCUGUACGGGGCAGACAGGGCUGGGCUGCCUGCUGCUUUAAGCUUCGCCUCCACUAGCGUGAUCUCCAGGCAGGAACCUCCCCAGAAGCCUCCUUACAGCUACAUCGCUCUUAUUGCCAUGGCCAUCAAGCAGGCUCCAGACCAGAAGGUGACACUCAACGGCAUCUACCAGUUCAUCAUGGAGCGGUUCCCUUUCUACCACGACAACAGGCAAGGCUGGCAGAACUCCAUCCGGCACAAUCUCUCCCUCAACGACUGCUUCAUCAAGGUGCCCCGGGAGAAAGGCAGACCUGGCAAAGGCAGCUACUGGACCUUAGACCCCAGGUGCCUGGAUAUGUUUGAAAACGGGAACUACCGGCGGAGGAAAAGGAAGCCCAAAGCCUCGGGGUCCCAGGAGACGAGGGGCAAGGCAGAGGCAGAGGAGGGGACGGAGCAACCCGCUGGCAGCCGAGCUGAUGUGCAACCGAGGAGAUUCCGGGGGAGCCAGGCUGCAUCCGCAGGAGAGGAGAACCUGGAGCCAGCCUGCGCCUCUAGGGAUGCAGGGGCCCCAGCAGAGAACAAAGCGAGCUCUGGGAGAUGCAAUCUGGCAGCAGCAGGUCCUCCUCAGCCGAAGGUGCCCUCUGCCCCGUGGGGCCAUCCCCAUCCACCCAGGUGCGCAGCUCCUCAGGUCCCUGCGCCUGCCUCCAAGGAGGGAAGCGUUCCCAAGGGGGAAAGGGCGGAGAGCUCUUCGGAGGGAAAGGCAGAGGAGACGGUGCUGGCAGAGGCCAGGGCAUGUCAGCAUAUACCCACCUCUGGUGCACGCAUGCUCUGCCCAAGUGCCAAUCAGAGCCAGGUGGGCUUUGCAGCCGGGACAGAUCAAAUGCCUCCGAAAAGCUCGGAGAAGUCCAAAAGCUUCAGUAUAGACAGCAUCUUAGCUCAUAAAACCCUCCACAAGCCAGCCAAAGGGGACGCGCAGGCAGAGGGAGGCUGGGACCCGAGCGCCUCCAAGCUGGCUGUGGAGAGCCUGCCAGCUGGAUACAUCAGUGGGUCUCUGGCAGCUAAUGCUAGUAUCUGUCCAGCUUUCAGUGCUUCCCUGAUGCUCGAUUCCCAAGUUCAAGGUAGAUUUUAUCAGAUCGGGAUUCCCUUUCUGUCCUAUUUUCCUCUUCACUUGUCCGAGACGGUAUUUAAUUUUCAGUAACAACCCCCCCCCCCCGCAAUGCAAUUUGAUAUCCAAUUAUAUACACACACGGAAUUGGAUCGUAGAUAUAUAUUUAGAUAUAAAACCAAGAAUUAAUUACAUGGGUUAAGAAUAUUAGGAUUUUAGGACAUUUUCAACCGUUUCUUUCUCAGUAGAUUUCUUGACUGAUAUUUUUUCUUCCAAAUGUACUUUAAGGUAACUUUUUUUUACGUUGUCUGUACAAAAAGUAUUACAGAAGUUUUGCAUUAUGUUUUGCAGUACAGCAGCCUGAUGGUUUAUUCUUGCCACCCAUCAUGCUUUUAAGACCUGUUUUUGUCCAUCUGCUUUGCUUUCACAUUAAAAAACGACCCCCAUGCACCCCAAUUAAUCAUGUUUUUCCUGUG